UAUCUGGGGUUGUAUGUUGGGCGUGGACCUUGUUUCCAUCGUGGCUUUUUGGCUUGUAAGAGAACGGCUUACGUAACUAAUGGCUACAAUGAAGAUGUCGCCGACGAAAACUGCGAUGCGAUCGCCUCAUGCCCUGUACUCAGUGCCAGAAGUCGCAGCGCUCGUGUCGCUAUGUCGCUGAGGGCGAAGCGGGUAGUCUGUCGGAUACGUCUGAUGCUGAGACGCUUGAUCGAGCACCAAAGAGGAGUUGCGCCUCGGUGGGCCAAGAGGGCAACCUACUUGAUGCUCAUUCACAGGCCAGCACAGCGCUAUUGGAAGACUACGGCAUGCGAAUCGAAAGACUUGAGCAGGCGCUUCUGGAGAAAACCACGCCAUUCACUGAACGAAGCAGCGGGUAUCGGUCCCAUCGACCAGUGGCAUCGGCGCUGACUAUGCGGGGUCUCACCGUCAAAGGCGGGUCUCGAACACGGUUUUUCGGUCCGAGCAGUGUACGGGUAUUAGUGAAUCUGUUUGACGAGGCAAAGGAAUUCAUGUUUAGUGGAGGUGACUCGAAUGAUAUACUUCAAUCAUUUCUGCUCGUCCAGAAAAUCCACAAAGCCAUGCAAGAGGAAUACCGAAAAGCUACUUCUCCUAUCACAGUUUAUGUGGAUUCGAUGACACCAAUCCACAAGCGCAUGACCGAUGUUUUACCCAGCAAGAUAGCAUGUGAUCAUUUGGUCAAACUCUAUAUGGAUGAAUCUGAGACACUGUACCGAGUCUUGCAUAUUCCCUCAUUUAUGGCCCAGUAUAAUCAGUACUGGGAAGGCAAUCAACAACCCGACUAUUUUCUCCCACAAUUACUGUCAAUACUUUGUGUUGGGUAUCGAUUUCAUAGGGCUGGCAAGGGUCAGUUUCAGAACGACAGGGAGGGGAUUCAUACGCCGACUGCUUGCGCUCUGGUUAGAGCGUGGCUAGACAGUCUUCGAGGUAAACAACUUGUUGAGUUUAGCUCUCUACAGACUGAAGUCCUCGCUCUCAUGGCUCAACGAGUGCUUAGUACGCAAAGUCAUGAAGCUUGGCAGCAUCUUGGCCUUCUGGUCAGAAUGGCGAUGACAAUGGGUCUGCACCGGGAUCCAUCCGAAUUCUCCCACAAGAUAUUACCCUUUUGGGCCGAGCAGAGACGCAAACUUUGGACAACCAUCCUUGAACUCGACAUACAUAUGUCUAUACAAUGCAACUUGCCUAGCUGCAUCCGUGAAGGUGAUUUUACCUGCGGGCCUCCCAGAAAUCUGAACGACGACGAACUGUAUCCGAACAUGAUUGAGCUUCCCGAAUCGAAGCCCAUCGAAGUAGAUACUGAUUCUCGUAUUCAGGUGUUCGCUGCACUCACUUUGAGAACCCGUUUCAAGGCCGUUGACCUCGUCAAUAGAGUUGAUAAUCUACAAGACUACCAGCAAAUCAUCGAUAUUGGCAAUGAACUGGAACAGGCUCUGGAGGAUAUCCGAUGCGUGCUGCCUCAAAGACACCUAAGCAACAUGAAUGGAGCACGGCGACAGUUGAUGACGCGGGUGCUGCUUGACAUGAAUUGUCGCCGCCCACUUUUAGCAUUAUAUCGGCCCUUCGCGCUGAGUAGUACUGAUGCACCUCAGCAAAUCAUGACCGGGUAUCUGAAAUCAUGUAUGAUAUUACUGUCAUACCUGGAAGAGGUGAACCCUUCGACGCCGGAGUUCACUCGUAUCUGGCCCAUGCAUCAUUUCGUACUUAAGCGAGACAUAAUUUAUGCUUCGUUUGGCGUCUGCUAUUAUAUGAAACAAAUCCAAAGCAGCGCUGGUAAUACACGAGAUCCAGAGACCCCCGAAUCUAGUGCUAGGUCAGAUCCCAUUGAAGUAGCCUGCACUACUGCAUCUAGAAGCCUAAUGCUACUUUCAUUGCCUCGUCUUAGGGCGACAGUGGAAAAGGUAAUUGACACUAUGAUCAAGCGUAUUAGCGAAAUAGGAACGGAUCUGAAAGACUUAGUUUCAUUAACUAUUGUUUUCUAUACAUACCAAGGCGAAACGCGUGAUCCCAAGAAAGAAGUGCAGCAGGCCUUACAACGAAUCGUGGAUGCCGGUCUCCAAUCCGUGCAUAUUAGCCAGGAGAAUAUAUCAUCUAUGACAAUGAUGCCUCCAACUGAACAUAUUCAGAUGGUCAACUUUCAGACUGACCCAAAUCUGAUAAACCAUGCAGAGCCAUACAACAUGUUGACGGCAGAUAUGCAACAUGCUCUAUGGGGGGACUUUGGAAUGGGUGAUGGCGAGUUCUGGAACCCUUUCAUCACGAACCAGACCCCGAUAUGACAAACGAGUGAAACCAACACCUGAAAGCUUUACACCAUUUGGAUAAACAAUGCCUUCUCCAAAAAACCAUUGAGUGCUCUUCUCCCGAAUGACCGAUCCGCUGUU